AUGAUUAGGAGUCUAAUUUUGUUGACUCUUCUUGUCGGCUACUCGACUUCUCAAUAUGCACAACAACAACGAAGUGGAACAGUACAACAGCAACCAGUUCAAAAUGUUCAAGCAGCUCAACCAGAAGCAAUUGACGGAAUUCCUGCAUGGUAUCAGAUGGCCAAACCAGUCGCCUCAAGAGUUCAACAACUUCCACAAGCUUCUCCAUCGUACUACGAGCGAAUUGAGCCGACGUACGAGCAACGGAGAGGAGAGCAACCAACUUACGAGCGACCUGGAAUCCAAACUAAUCAGUAUGCCAAUUACCCAUCCUAUCAAAACCGUCAACCAUACGAGAAUCUCAAUGCAUUAACAUCUGGAGCCUCAUUAAGCAAUCUUCAAGCCAGCCGUCGUUAUCCAUCGGCAGCAUCUGGAGGCGCCGGAGGAUCUGAUGUGAGUAGGUUGCGACACAUGCCUUACGACUCGGCGCUGAAACGCUAUCAUAAACUUUUACUGAAACGUCGCCAAUGGACAACGAAGAUUGGUCGUAUCUUGGCGUCCACUUCUCCAAUGACUCCUUCUACCGUAUUCCCAACUACAACUACCACAACCACUCAAGCCCCAACCACAACCACUAAGAAAAUGCCAAAAUCAUUGAAGAGUAUCUACUCAACGAUCAUUCCCAAAACUAGCACAACCACAGAAACGCCAACAGAAGCCCCAUCCACUACUACCCAGGCAACAAGAGUUACUGGUAGACUUGUGGGAAAGCCAAGAGGCACAUUUAAACCACAUGGAACUAGAAAGGGCUGGAGAAUGUGGAAGAAGGUAACCCCAAAGUACGUCGGGAAGUCGAGCGUCACUACUACGGAGGUCCCCGUUUCUUCUACUACUAUUCCAAUGGAAUCCAGCACCUCUGUGACUUCGACAACUACAUCUGAGAACCCAUCUACUCCAGAACUUCCGUUGAUUGAGGAAACAGAAGAAAGUCAGGGGACAGAAGCUUCUACUUCUACUACUUCAACAUCUACGACUACUGAACCAACAACUACAACCGUCGAGACCACGACUACAGAGAAGCCAACGACAACAACAGGAUCGGAAGAGGAACACGCAGGAAAGGGACCCUCCCCAUUAAGGUAUAUUUGUCGGCAUAAAGCCGGCUCGAACGAGCACGAUCCGUUCAGCGAACGAAGAGCAUCUACGAUUGGACCAUUUAGACCGAUCACAGUUGGACACAAAUGGAAGCCGCUUCGGUUCAAGAAGCCAGAACCAGUUGACGAAGUCGACACAGUUCCAGCUACAUCCAACACUAAGACAGCAAUCAGCACAAGACCGAAAGGGCUUCGACUUCUCGAGUAUCUUUUGAAGCAGACUGAUACGUUUGCCAAGGGAUUACAGAAGGCGAUUGACGGUGUAAGUGCAUCCGGAGUGUCAUCUUCCUCUAUACUAACAAACGAACCAAACACUGAACUUCUGGCUGCUAUAAAAGACGUCGUUGCCAAGUUCAAGGCAAGCUUGGAUGAGGCCGGAAUCGAUCAGGACGUCAGACUUAUGGGCAAUCAAUUGAAGAAUACAUGGCAACAAUUGAGGACAGGUACGACGCAACAAGGACUUGAUCGUGGUGUGAAAGCGGUGCGUCAGAGUGCCGAAAGCUCAGUUACCCACUUCAAUUAUGGUCCGCAACCACUACCACAACCCCAGCCUGUUCAAAUUCCAUACCAUCACCAGCAUCAUCAUCAUCCAGCUGUACAUCGCUAUACACCUGGACCCAUGAAUGAACAAAUCGGACGAUUGUUUGAGAAAGCAGUUGCUGAUGCUGCUGACCAGAAGACACAACAACAAAUUCAACAAGUUCAGCAACAAAUGAUCGCUCCAAGACCAUAA